UAUAUAUAUAUAUAUAUAUAUAUACGCGCACAGAGUUACUAUCUGGCUAGUUACACAGUUUUCCUUUGAAUGACUGCUGGAGUUGAGUUUAUGCGAUUGUCGCUAGUAAGAUGAGCUGGCAGCCGCUGAUCUCCAGUGCCCUUUCCUAAAGCCACUGUCCAACACUGCCAAGCAACUCCCCCACCCCGGGGCACAGGACUGGAACACGUGUUCUGCAGUCGCAGCAUUUGGGCAAAGCAGGAGCAGCACCAGGAGUCGCAAAUCCCUGGAUCUUUGGGACUGGAUGUGGGGACUGCUGAGUGCAAAGGAUCAGUUACUCCGUCUCAUGUAAAGCCGAGAAGCGCGGCAGUGCGAUAGGGAGAUUGUCUCAGUGCGACACGGGCUUCCAUCUGGGAAUCGCUCCGAUGGAAAUACACUGUAAGCACGACCCGUUUGCAGCAAUGCAUAGACAUGGAGGAGUGAAUCAGCUAGGCGGGGUAUUUGUAAAUGGGAGGCCCCUUCCUGACGUAGUCCGACAGAGAAUUGUGGAACUGGCCCAUCAAGGAGUAAGGCCGUGUGACAUCUCCCGGCAACUACGAGUUAGUCAUGGAUGUGUCAGCAAAAUUCUUGGCAGGUACUAUGAAACUGGAAGUAUAAAGCCUGGUGUGAUUGGAGGAUCAAAGCCAAAGGUUGCAACACCCAAAGUUGUAGAAAAAAUUGCUGAGUACAAGCGUCAAAAUCCCACCAUGUUUGCAUGGGAGAUUAGGGACAGAUUAUUAGCAGAACGGGUGUGUGACAAUGAUACAGUUCCCAGCGUCAGCUCCAUAAACAGAAUCAUCCGAACUAAGGUUCAACAGCCAACAAAUCAGCAAGUUCCUCCAUCCAAUCAUAGCAUAGUUUCCACUGGAUCUGUGACUCAGGUCUCUUCGGUAAGCACUGAUUCAGCCGGAUCAUCUUAUUCUAUCAGUGGAAUUCUGGGAAUUACAUCAUCAAAUGCAGAGACUAACAAGCGCAAAAGAGAUGAAGGUAUUCAAGAAUCUCCUGUACCAAAUGGUCAUUCACUUCCAGGAAGAGAUUUCUUAAGAAAACAGAUGAGAGGUGACCUCUUUACGCAACAGCAGUUGGAUGUAUUAGAUCGAGUGUUUGAGAGACAACAUUACACGGAUAUCUUUACUACUACUGAACCUAUUAAGCCUGAGCAGACAGAAUACUCAGCCAUGGCAUCGCUAACAGGGGGUUUGGAUGAAAUGAAAUCUAGUCUAACAAGUCCAUCUUCUGCAGACAUAGGUGGAUCUGUUCCCGGACCUCAGUCAUAUCCUCUCGUAACAGGUCGGGAUUUGGCGAGCACCACCCUCCCUGGGUACCCUCCACAUGUCCCCCCUGCUGGACAGGGCAGCUACUCUGCUCCAACGCUGACAGGAAUGGUGCCUGGAAGUGAUUUCUCUGGAAGCCCAUAUAGCCAUCCACAGUAUUCGUCCUACAAUGACUCCUGGAGAUUCCCUAAUCCUGGCUUGUUAGGCUCUCCAUAUUAUUACAGUGCAGCGAGGGGAGGAGCCCCGCCUGCCACAGCAGCUGCCUAUGAUCGUCACUGACAGAAUGCAAUGACCCAAGCACUUACCAUAACUUGUUGAAAUUGUACUAAAGACUUCAUUUUCUGCAAUGUGUCAAAACGAAAAAAAGAGGCUUAUUCUUACAGAUCCACAGGAUAUUUCUCUUCAGCUAUCACGUCUACUUUCAGAGCUCGACCAAGAUCCAUUUUCCCAAGGGCAUUUUGUACCCUGACUUUCCAAAAUGCUCAUUAACUAUAUACCUUUUGUGUGUAGCAUCUUAAUUAACAGGAAGAAUCUUGAUCUUUGCUACACAUGGACAUACUAAAAUGAAUUACCUAAUGCACUUAGUGCAUUGCUGAAAUUCAGUUACUUGGUCAAGAAAGCCAAAUAUACAUGUCUAAUGUACAUAACAUGCUUCUUUGUGUAACUUAUAAGAGUGGCUUUGCAUAAACAGCAACAUGGUACAAAUUUGUAACUCGAAAUGCUUAAGGCAUUUUAUCUUUUUUAUAUAAUGCUGCAGUGAUUCAAGGGAUUCAGUAAGCUUUAACCAACAUAAAAACCAGGUUAACAUCUAUGGCAAAAUUUGGGGCUGAUCAUUACUGAUAAAAAAAAAGAAUUCACUUGAACCAUUUCCAAGCUAUCUAGUUUUAAAAUAAGAAGUAUUCCAUAUAGAUUAGUUGUUCCACCUCUUAAUAUAUAUUUUAUUCUUUAUUAAAAUGUUGAUGCAUAAUGUCUAUAAUUAUGUUUUUCCCUCAAAUCAUUGAGUAAAAAUCAUGUUUACAACAUCAAAUAUAAAUAUAUGUGAAAAAAUAUUUUGUAAAAAAGAGGUUUUGCUAGUUUCUUGCGAAGGAGGCUUGUGAAUCUAUAAGAAUAUCAUUAUUUUAUGCUUUAGAACAUCUCUAAAUCAAGUUAACUUAUAGCAUGCAAGCAAAGUGGUGAAUGAUGUAUAGUUUGGUUGGUCAUUAAAUACUACCAAUUUGUUUGUCCUUAAUCUUCAUACGUAUACCUGCCCACAAUGUGUUGUUAUGGUUGUUAAAAAUUCUUUAUAAAGCAUUUCUCAGCAAUGUA